AUGGAUCCUCUGAACGAGGCGGCGGCGGAUAGUGUGACUGUUGCUCCACCAAGCAACGAGGUCGCAGCAGACGGCACAGGCAUCUGCCAACUCGACCCCUACCUCGACCCAUACAAAGCCUCUCUCCGAAGCCGCUUCAGCAAAGCACAACAAUGGAUCAAGACGAUCAACGACAACGAAGGCGGUCUAGAGAACUUCUCACGUGGCUAUGAGAAGUUCGGCUUCCUCAUAACUCCAGACCACACCAUCACAUACCGGGAAUGGGCACCCAACGCCAUGCGUGCCUACCUCAUAGGCGACUUCAACGGCUGGAACCGGGAUUCACACGAGAUGCAGAAGAACUCAUUCGGCGUAUUCGAGAUCAGCCUGCCACCAGUCAAUGGCCGACCAGCCAUUGAGCACGACAGCAAAAUCAAAAUCAGCAUGGUGGUGCCCAACGACCACGCAAGAGCAGAGCGUCUCCCCGCCUGGAUCAAGCGCGUGACACAAGACCUCUCCGUGUCCCCCAUCUACGACGCCAGAUUCUGGAAUCCACCCCAAAAAUACGUCUUCAAGAAUCCACGACCACCGAAGCCUGCCUCAGCCCGCAUUUACGAAGCACACGUGGGCAUCUCGAGCCCAGAACAAAAGGUAGCGACGUACAAAGAGUUCACCCACAAUACCCUCCCUCGCAUCCGGGACCUGGGCUAUAACACAAUCCAGCUCAUGGCCAUCAUGGAACACGCAUACUACGCCUCCUUCGGCUACCAAAUCAACUCCUUCUUCGCCGCCUCCUCCCGCUACGGCCCACCCGACGACCUGAAAGAACUCGUCGACACCGCUCACGGCAUGGGAAUCACAGUCCUCCUCGACAUGGUGCACUCCCACGCCAGCAAAAACGUCUCCGAUGGUCUUAACAUGUUCGACAAUAGCGACCACCUCUAUUUCCACGAAGGCCAACGCGGUAGGCACGAACUCUGGGAUUCUCGACUCUUUAAUUACGGCUCGCACGAAGUCCUCAGAUUCCUCCUCUCCAACCUCCGGUUCUGGAUGGAAGAAUACUCCUUCGAUGGUUUCCGCUUCGACGGCGUGACGAGUAUGCUUUACCUCCACCACGGCAUCGGCACAGGCUUCAGCGGAGGCUAUCACGAAUACUUCGGUCCCAACGUCGACGAAGACGGCGUCGUAUAUCUCAUGCUCGCAAACGAAAUGCUGCAUACGCUCUACCCCGAUGCUAUCACCAUUGCGGAAGACGUCAGCGGGAUGCCGGCGCUGUGUAUUAAGCUCAGUCUGGGUGGGAUAGGAUUCGACUAUAGACUUGCGAUGGCGGUGCCGGAUCUGUAUAUCAAGUGGUUGAAGGAGAAGCAGGAUAUUGAUUGGGACAUGGGACAGUUGUGUUUUACGCUGACGAAUCGGCGGCAUGGGGAGAAGACGAUUGCGUAUGCUGAGAGUCAUGAUCAGGCACUCGUCGGCGACAAAACCCUCCUCUUCUGGCUCUGCGACGCCCAAAUGUACACCAACAUGUCCACCCUCUCCGAGUUCACCCCCGUCAUCGAGCGUGGAUUGGCUUUACACAAAAUGAUCCGCUGCAUCACCCACGGCCUAGGAGGUGAAGGCUACCUCAACUUCAUCGGCAACGAAUUCGGGCACCCGGAAUGGCUCGAUUUCCCCCGCGAAGGAAACGGGAAUAGUUUUCACUACGCCCGCCGCCAAUUCAACCUCGUGGACGAUCAGAGUUUACGGUAUCGGUUUCUAAACGAGUGGGAUAAGACGCUCCAGUGGAACGAGGAGAAGUAUGGCUGGUUACACAGCCCACAAGCCUACGUCUCGCUCAAGAACGAAAACGAUAAAGUCGUCGUCUUCGAGCGGGCAGGACUGUUGUGGAUCUUCAAUUUCCAUCCUUCGUCUUCGUUUACGGAUUAUCGCGUUGGAGUUGAUGUGCCGGGGACGUAUCGCAUUGUGAUGAAUUCGGAUAAGCCUGGGUUUGGGGGGUUGGGGAGGAUCGAUGAGGGCGGGAGGUUUUUCACGACGGAUUUUGGGUGGAAUGGACGGGGGAAUUUUUUGCAGGUUUAUUUGCCGACGCGUACGGCGGUGGUGUUGGCGUUGGAGGAGACGUUGGAUCCGAAGUGGAAGGGGCAGCAGAGUUUGGGGUUUUAG